AUGAAGCGAAAGUUAGAGAAUCAAAGUGCAGCUUGCUCAUGCUCAGAAGCCUCUGUCGAUACGUGUACUUUGACUGUGAAUGUCAAUGUCAAUGUCAAUGUUGAUGCCGUGCACCAUCAUCACAAAAAACUGGGUGCCAGCCCAUCUCGUUGUCAUGCAUCAGCACAAGGUCGUUAUAUUCCAGCCUCACCACCUUCCAGGCGCUUACGGCUAUCACCCUCGCCUACAAGACCUGUAUCACCGGAUCUCUCCUCUCAUCGGCACCAGAAGAAUCAACGUUUGAUUCAUCAGGUCCCGCUGGAACAAGAACCACCUUUUGGAAGAAGGAAACGUGUUCGCUUUAACCCUAUGGUGAAGGUUCAAGAGAUUUCAAGGGCUUUCUGCAAUCACAACAACAGCAAUAACAACAGCAACAGCAACAACAGUGAUGUUUCAGCAGCUGUCGUCCCAAAGUCGGCUCUCUUUUAUUCCAAACACGAUUACAUGAAGUUUUACGUCCGCGAAAAGAGUCGGUUGGCCUUUCAAGAUCUCACCAAACGACUCUGUCGCGAACAAGAACGACGACUGCGCUCUAACAUUAGAGUCAUUCCUUCCUACUUUUGCGUCCUCAACUAUUUCAAUGCGGUCAUGACGAUCAACGAGUUGGGACACCAAGUGAAGCAACAGCAGCAGCAACAACAACAACAACAAAUGGUGAUGGUAAUGGGGCAGCAGCAACAACAACACCAGUUUCGCCGGCAAACACAACGUCGUCGUCUUCAGAUUCCACAGCAACCACGACCACAACAAGAGGGCCAGACAAGGAAUCACCCUGCUACCACUGUUACUAACAACAACAACAACGACAACAACAGUAGGAGGAGGAGCAGCAGGUCUUCCAUUUCCAACCAUCUGCGGCAUGCCAUUUCAUUGAAUCAAUACAAUAAUCAAGUCAUACCAAGGGCACCUCGACGCAAUACUGUCUGUGCCGCUGUUGCUUGA